CUCCUUAUCGCGCACGUGACGGCCAGUUAUAUUUCCAGCGCUUCACCACCACCACCAUCUAAGCGCCAUGGAUUUCAUCAAAAAGACCAUAUGGGGCCCCGACCCCAAGGACCAGAUGCGCAAAAUCAACCAAUUGCUCCGCAAGAACAAGCGGGAGUUGGAUAGGUCCAUGAACCAGCUCCAGCCGUUGAUGAAAAAGACAGAAGGGUUGAUCAGAAAGGCCGCCAAGGACAAAGAUCUCAAGACAGCCAAGCUAUACGCCAAAGAAUUGAUCAACAUCAAGAAACAGUACAACAAGUUGCAUACCUCCAAAGCUCGGGUCGACUCCAUCUCCAUGUCGGUGAACGAACAGUGGCAGAUGAACAAGCUCACCCAGUCGUUGCAGACAUCCACGGUGGUGAUGAAGGAUGUGAAUCUGUUGGUCCAUCUUGGCGUGGUGCUGGGCACCAUGCAAGAGCUCUCCAAGGAGUUGAUGAAGGCAGGCAUCAUCAGCGAGAUGAUGGACGACAUGGUCGAUUUGGACUACGAGGAGGACGAAGAGCUUGAGAGCGAGUCACAGGACGAGGUCAACAAGGUCAUCCAGAGCUUGACGGAAGACAAGUUCUCCAAGAUCAAUAAUGACGUGCCCACCGUCAGCGUGGACGUGGAGCCGGAGCCCGUGGAGCUCAACGACGAGGAGGACCAGGAGGCUUUGGACGAGAUGCGGGAAAGAUUGAGGGCUUUGCAGGAAUGAGCGACUUUUGCCGUGUUGCAUUUGAUUGAGCUGAUCCCUGUAUAGAGCAAAUACCAAGUGUAUGAUGCAUCCAAGCAGUAUAUGCAAGGUCCUAGUUGAGCAGGAAAAUAACGAGGUGGUUAAUUUUAAUAAACGUUGAUAACUACAUGAAGCAAAAUGUUGAAGUGUAAACAAUGGUGGACCUGAAUUAGGGUUAUUGAGAUAAAGGGAAUAGCCGGAGAAUCAGUAACUCAUUAAACCCCCAAUGAAGAUAUCAACUACUACGAUACCAUUAAUAAUUUUCACUUCUGA